GGAGGGGAAAGGAGGACACCGGCCCGCUUCCGCCCCGCCUCCUCGGCGGGACAUUUAAACGGCUUUGCGCUCAAGCCGCGGUGGUGGGCAAGCCCCAGUGCCUAGGCUUUCCCAAAAUGCAUUGCGCAGGCGGCGUGGUGGGUCGACUCGAGGGCAGCAGGAGGGCACGUGGAAGGGUGUGCCGCGGUCCCCGAGCAGAAACGCUUUGAGUUCCUCUGGUUCCCUUUCAAUGAGGUUCAGAACUUCAAAGUGGUUCCUGAUGUUCUCCUUGAAAAAGACCUCACCUGUUGGACGUUUUGCCUGUCCUCAGAUGAUAUGGAUGAUGGGAGAUGUAGUCCAAUGUCUGGAAAAACCAAGACUGAAAGCCCCUGAGUUUACAAGACCUCUGGUAUUGGGCUGGGGAAAGAGCUUUUGCCCGGGGUAGCAGCCUAUACUUGGAGAAGUAUAUAAGAACUGUCACCCAUUGGUCACCCUGUGUUCCAGGCAAACAUUCCUAAAGCCCUGAACAGAAGCUUGGAAGAAGUCUGCUAAGAGGGCGACAGCAUGAUUUUCUGGGGCUGGAGACAAUUGAUACACUUCUGUGAUGGAGACCUUUUCAGAAAAGCUUUAAAGCAAAAGAAUAGAAGUGGCUGCUUGCUUUGGAGACGCUACCUUUGGAGGACUUCUGGGGAAUCCCUAGAUCCAGAAGUGAGAUCAUUUCUGGAAGAGGUGACGGAAAUUACCAGCAAUGGGCACCUGACUCCGGAAAUAAGCCUGCGGCUUCUGACCCCUCGUUGCCGAUUCUGGAAAGAAAAAGCGUCCUUGUGGCCUUAUGGGGACCCCUACUGGGCAAUCUACUGGCCAGGAGGCCAAGGACUAUCCAGAUAUAUCCUGGAUAACCCCAACAUUGUCAGAAAUAAGAAAGUUUUAGAUAUUGGCAGUGGCUGUGGAGCAACAGCCAUCGCGUCCACGAUGAGUGGGGCAUCCUUGGUUGUUGCCAACGAUACUGAUCCUAGUAAGAGAUUCCCUCUCAAAUCUCAUUUCAUCGGGAGGGAGGACCCUAUGAGGCCACAGCAUGUUUCAAAGUUCCAAGUUGCAGGAGCUGCCAUGGUGCUGAACUGUGAACUGAAUAAUCUGAAUCCCUUUCCUGUUCGAACGGAGAACCUGAUUGGCACGGAGAUGGACAGCUGGGAUCUUAUUGUCCUAGGGGACAUGUUUUAUGAGGACGAGCUUGCAGAUGGUCUUCAUCAGUGGCUGAAGAAAUAUGCUUAUGUUCAUGGGACUAAAGUGCUGAUUGGGGACCCUGGGAGGCCCCAUUUUGUGAGCCACCAAAUCCAGAAACAGUUGCACAAAGUCACUGAGUAUUCUCUCCCUGAAUCAACAGAAGACGACAGCUAUGGCUCAACCAGUACUAUAGUGUGGCAGUACCAGCCUUGACUCGUAGGGAGCCCCAGCCUCAGAAAUACCAGAUUAGUUUUCAUUAUGCAGACCACUCAGCUCCAUUUCUGGCAGUUCAGAUUCUGAAUGGUACCAGUGGGGUGGUGGUGAUGGAAAAUCAUUGUUUUACCAUCUGAAGAUCUGGGACAAAGGCCUUAGGACAAAGGUCAAAAUAAUAAAUUUUUUAAAGGUGGCUUUGGGCCUUUGGCUUUUAUAAUGACCACUUUCGUCAAUGGAAAUAAAAUGUGUCUUUAUGCCAA